ACCACUGCUGCGGGAGGCAGCUUAGUGCUAUAAAAGAACGGAUGAGCCACUGGCUGGGGCUGCACUCCCCUGCUCCGCUCGCCGGCAAGCCUGGGGCCCAGCCGCACCGACCUGCGCUGCCUGUGUGCGCGCGCGCCUGGGGGCCGAGCGGGCGCGAGACGCACGGCCACAGCAGGCGUGGGGCAAGCCCAAUGCGUGGACUACCUUUGCAACAUGCUGGAGCCACACAGCCGCUGAACGGAGUUUGCACGCAGCUACCCGGGCCGGAUUGCAGCGCUCUCUUUCCUUAUGAAGAAGGCACAAACUUGGAUUAUCACUUGCUUUUAUCUUCAACUGCUCCUACUCAAUCCUCUUGUCAAAACUCAAAGUCCCUGCGGGAAUCCUGUGACAGAUGAUGUGAAUGACAUUGAAAAACUGGUUGGAAAUCUUCCAAAUGAUUAUAGGAUAACCCUUAAAUAUGUCGAGAAGAUGGACAGUCUGCCUAAUCAUUGUUGGUUGCAUUUGAUGGUCCCUGAAUUGACAAAGAGUCUGAAUAAUCUUCUCCAAAAAUUUAAAAAAAUUUCAGAUAUGUCAGAUGUCUUAAGUAAUUAUUCAAUCAUCAAUAAUCUCACAAGGAUCAUCAAUGAUAUAAUGGCAUGUCUUUCUCCUAAAAAUAAGAAUUUUAGAAGACAAAGUGAUUAUCUUUAUAAGGAAGAUCAGCUGUUCCCAGAAGACUUCUUUGAGCAUUUUAAUAGCACUAUUGAAGUCUACAAAGCCAUUGCCAAUAAACCAGAACAGAAGGAGUGUGUUCUUCUUUCAGCCACAGUAAAAACCCCAAAUGAGUCAAGAAUCACCAAGCCAUUUUUGUUACCUCCAGUUGCUGCUAGCUCCCUUAGGAAUGUGAGCAGUGGUGAUAACGGCAACAAGGAGGCCCUGGGCUUGCUCAGCAGCCCCAGCAUGCAAGGAAUUAGCAUAGCACUGACAUCACUGGUGACUCUUUUUGUUGGCUUUAUUUUGGGAGCUCUAUGCUGGAAGAAAACAAUCAGCAGACACAUACUAGAGAGUGAGCAGACUGCACAGGACACUGAAAUAAGUAUGCUGGAGCCAAGAGAAAAGUCACUUUUACAAGUGUAGCUGUUGUUUUUAUUAUACACUGUUACUGUUUCUUGUCUGGGCAGCUAACAGUUUUCCUAUAUGUUUUCUUGCUUCCAAGCUAAAAUGAAGCAGCUUUAAAGCAUAUAUUUAGUGGCCUUCAACCUGGAGUGACAGACUGUGAGUUCACUGCAGUCUGUUGUUGCUGCGGACUCCAUGUUGAGAUUAUAGAGCUGUGGACAGAGUGUACUGCUGUGAAACCAAUAUUGAAUUAAACAUCACCAAAUGAAAGUGCACUGAGAGGGACUGGAUUUUAUAUGAAGACAAGGAUGGCUGCUUUGCAUCUUGGAAUUUGCCGUGGAUUUUGACAAUGCAGUAAAUACCUGAACAAACAAAUAUGGAUUUAUGUGACCUGAUAGUAAACGUUUUGUACAAAUGGACAUUCUGAGUAAGAGGGAAAUAAUGAAAUGGAUGAGAAUAAUAUAAACUUCAGUACUGUACAUAAGACUCUCAAAUAAGGUUAUGCAAUUGACUAACAUACUAGAUUUCUUAUAUUUGGAGAAAUGGGUCGUAUUGAGGGAAGGCCACAGAAGACUGGUCUAUCUCUUGAUGAGUGAGAUUGAAUUCCAUUUCAUAGAAAGUGAUCAUACACAUGGUCAAAACUAUUUGUGGCCAUUCAGGAGACCUAAUAAACAUUGGAUCACUGGAACAAUUGCAAACAUGGGGUUAUUGCAAUAAGAUGGAACAUUGACUGUUGGGAUGUAGGGAAAUUCCUUUGAAGUUCCAGUGAGAAAUGGAGAAAGAAUAACAUCAUCUGGGACAGAAAAUUACCAUGAUGCCUAUUCAUUAUGCUUAUGGACAUGCCAGACGCUUCUUGGCAUUUACAAAAAUCAGGUCAUCUUGAAGAUACCAAGCUUUAGUUUAGCUUUUACCAUAUGUCAUAUAAUAUGUGCAAAAAAUUUAAGAGUAGUACACAUUUCAUCACUUAGCAUUCUCCAUUAUUUAUGAUUAGUUCAGCUCAAAUAAAAAUGAAAAGCUUUCUUCUGAAUAGUUGUCAGUGUCUUGAUAUUAUUUCUAAUAGAAGGAUGGAAAGCAGAACGAAGGCUGAAAAUAUGCUAAAUUGUUUUUUUUUAAUACAAAUUUAAAGGGGACACUAAAUGUUACUUUUCAACUGUGUAGUGUGCUUAAGUUAUUUUCCCUAUACACAUGACUGUUCUGUGAAAUAGUUAUCACCCCAUAUUCCAAAUUACUAAUACAAUAAGCUUAAACUAUUAUAAAUUUAAACUAUUGUUAAAAUGCUCAUUUACAUCGCAUUCACAAAUAUUUGCUUAAGAAAUGCUUUAUUUAAACAAAGAUUUUCACAAAUUUAUUUAUUUUCAUAUCUGCCACAAACUAUUACAAAUAAUAUAUGGGAACCUAUAGAAAAUCUUGUUUAUAAAUUAUUUUGGCCUAGUUUUGAACCAUAUAAAGGCAUAAAAGCUAACUGCUCCAAAACUGGGAAGAACUGUGUAUUAUCAAAGGAGAUACAUGGAGGACUGUUUCUUAAUAGCAGAGUACACCUUUUGCAUCCACUAGGCCCCAGGUUCAGUCCCCAUUACUUCCAUCUUAAAGGUCUCAAGUUGCAGAUUUUUGGAUAUAGCUUGUUUUGAGAGUCUGGAAAGCCACUGCUAGUCUGAGUAGAUGAUACUGAUCUAGAAGUACCAGUGGUCUGACUUGAUGUGAUGAGUUUAUAUAUUUGUAUAAUGUGCACUUUAGAGGAACUCUCAAAUCCAUGCUAUGAUGUUCAUUAUUGGAUUUACUAGAUGAUGUCUUUCAGUUUAACAGGAUGCUCAUUCACAUCUGGGUGCUGCGGUUGUUGCAUAUGUAGUUACAACUGGAACUAGAUCAAAACCUACAACUGCAAAUUCCAAUGAACUUUUUCGACUCACUAUCUUGAAAUCUGCAAACCUUAAGUAUACCAAUUUGCUUGAAUUGUGUUCUAGUACAGGUCCCAACAAGAAGAAAACCAGACCUUUGGUCAACAGUAACAUGCCCCAAUAAUUCACUAAACACUUUAUAAACACACACAUUUCACAUUCCAGCAAGUAUUCUAAGAGAAGAUUAUGUCUAAAAUACCUGAAACCUGCUUUUUCUCACUCUCAGUAGCAAACAAAGGACCUAUUUGUAUUGCACCAGUAUGAUUUUGAAGGUAAUAUUGGGAACUUGUUGGAAAUCAUAGUACAUAUUGUACAAAGCUUAGUUAUACUGCAGGGUUUAGAACAAUGCCACAUUCUUUUUACCCUUACAACAGAGCAAGACAAAUUUAAGGUCAAGAGGCAUUCACAGAGCCAACUAAAAAUUCCAAGUAUAAUCCUAGUGGCAUUACCAUGCUUGCAUAACAAUCAUAGUUCUCAUUUUGAAUUUAAAUAACCUCCAUUAGCACAAGUGGAAUAGCAAUCCAUCAAAAUUGAAGCUGAAUAAUUAUUUUGACAGUUUGUACAUUUUCUUGGCUUUUUCUGCUUGAGAGGUUUGGCUGAGUGGUUUGGGCCAUCUCAGCUAAAUGUCUUGAAAAGGAAGUAUCUUAAGAGUAUUUCACUGCAUUGGAUCUCCAUUUAGUAACCCAAUUUUGAAAGUUUUAAUGUGUUCAUUCAGCAAUUUAUUUUGAUUGGGUUCACACACACUGCUGUUCCCCCACCCCACCCUGGGAUGUUGUUUUUGUUUUGUGGUUUCAGGUGGUAGGACAAGAACUUUAAUUCUUGAGUUACCAGAAUAUUUUUUAUUAAGCUGAAGUGUCUUGCUCCUCCACAAAGUCAUGAUUGGUAUACUUGUGCUAGAGCUGGACUUCUUCCUGUCACAGCAGCAAUCUGUUCAGUUAUCAUAUUUGCAGUUUUUCAUGGCAAGCUUGGCAGAGUUGGACACUUUUGCAAGGUUCAAUUUUCUUCUUCAACAAGAACUUCAACAGUUCUUGAACAUUUUUAAAGGAAAUAUUCAUACUGCGUAGAGAAAGGGCAAUUGCUCUUCAAACUGAGGAUAAGCAUGUUGACAAUAACACAUACUGAAAAUCACAUUAUACAGAUUUAGUUCCUCUUUGAUGCCUUUUGCACCAUUGUGACACAUUGAGAAUUAGGAUUGUGACAGGGUGGAUUUCUUUGUUCAAAGCAUGGCAUGAUUUCUUCAGAAGAAAUGUUUCAAAACCUCUUUGGGUAAGGUAACACAACACUUUGUGGAAUGGGGAGACAAGAAGAAAUUGUUCUUUAAAAAACUUUUUAUUCCAGUUCCUUACAGAGUUCAUGCAAUUUUUAUCAGGUGAACUCACUAGAAUUUUGCAUAUUUGCUUUGAGAAUAGCAAGUACUGGUACACAGCAGAUUUCAAAAUGCCUUGGUGUUUACUUGAAAAACUUGCAAUGCAGUCUUACACAUUUAUUCUAGUCUAAGCCCAUUGAAAUCAGUGGUCUCAGACUGGAAUAACUGCAUAGAAUUGUACUGCCUUUGGUACUUACGCCAGUGAAAUUCUAUUUUAGACAUAUUCUUAAAAUCAGUGUCCCAGUCCAUCAAAUAUACGCAUGUUUUUUUCUGUUGUAAAUAUGUUGAGCAUCUCCAGACUACAUGGCAGUUAACAUAAUCCUUUCUCUCCUAAAUAUGUUGAGAGUCCCCAGACUAUAUAACAGCCAAAUGUUUAAUACAAACCAACUAUUCUUUUUCAUUAUUUCAGCCAUUUGGAAUGACAAUUGCGUAAUAGUUCUUCUGUAUAACUAGUAAUUGCAUUCACCUAUAUUUCAAAACAAACCAAGUUAAAAUAUUAAAUUUCUUAGAACUCAUAAAUUUCAGGCUCCACCUUGGAAAGAGCACACAGUUUGCUGAUUGUAUUAUGGUCAAGAGUGUGUGUAUAUAUAUUGAUGUAAACAUCAACACCAACUUGUUCAUUUGUAUCCUGACUGAAGAUUAAUAAACCCAAGUUUCUAAAAAUGUAAUGUGUAUGUAUAUAUGUGUCCUCUUAAAAUAGAUGUAUACCCUUGUCCCUUUUUAUAUUGGUUGAAUUUGGAAGUACAUUAUAUACAUAUAUUUUAUUGUUCUAAAUAAAGAAUUUUAUGCAAA